GUGUGUGUGUGUGUGUGUGAGAGAGAGAGCGAGAGAGGAGGAAGUGGGCCGGUAGAGAUUCUUCCUUUCAGUUUUAUCGUGAUCUUGAGCGGGAUUUCCACAGUUUGCAAUGGCUAAGCGCGAGCUAUCCAACACUCUGAGGAACUUGAAGUUCAUGCAAAGGGCAGUUCAGAGAGAAGACAAAUCUAGGAAGGAAGAAGAGGUCAUACCUGAGGAGAACUGUCCAUCGUCUAGUACCACAAAAAGAUGUGUAGUCAUUAUGGAAGGUGAUCCCCAUCCUGGGGCAAUAAAAGGCCGGAUGUCAUUUCAAAGUUUUAAUCCUUCUAUUGAUAAAUUGAAUGAAGGGUCAAAUCUUGGUCAAACAGAAGCCUCUGCCACAUGUUCUGGCGCCCACAGUGAUACAAUUUCUGAUAGAAAUAGUUCCACACAAGAUGGAUCAGAGACCUUGAAAGUGGAUGGUUUCGAAUGUGAUGCAAAUGACGAUCUUAAAAGGAAACAAGCAGAAGUCGUCUCUGAAGCACAAUAUCCAAAUAAAUCACAGAAAAAUAUUCAAGGCAAUCAAGGGUCAUCUCCGAAUAGCAAUAGAAGUUCUCACAAGCAACCAAAGCGGGAAAAGUUGGACUGGAGUGUUCUUAGACCUCCAAAGGGUCAAAACAAAAACAAGUGAGGAGAAUCAGGUAGUAUCAGGUGAUUCCUUCGAGUGUUACGAGAAUUAUUUUUUACAUGCUUCGAUGCUCUAAGUACAUCUGUAACACUAAUCAUGCGAGAAUAUCUUGAGCACUCAAUUGGUUUUCUUUGUUGGCCUUGUUGAAUCUGUCACUUUCAUUUGAAGAGGUAGUUGUUUUUUUCCCUUGUUCCUUCCGUUCCAUUCCUGGAAUUGUGGUGUUGGUAAAACCAGGGUAAAAAUCUAUUCUCUUUUAUGAAUCCUGUGCUUUUACUGAUCAUCAUCGCUCUUUAACUUAACAACCCCCCCAAGACCAUCAACGUGGGAUGCUAUC